ACACAACCCUUUGACCGACCUUAUUUUAAUGGUCCAUGGGAUUGUUUUGUUUCUACUAUUCGCCAGGAAGGGAUACGUAGCCUUUAUUCUGGAAUGUCAUCACCACUUGUAGGCUCUAUGGUUGAAAACGCAGCAUUAUUUGUAGGAUAUCGUCAAGUACAACGAUUAAUCCGUCAUUACUCAGCAACACCUAGUGAACGAGACAGAUAUAAAAAUGUUCCAGAGGACAAAUUACCCCCGUUAUCGCUUUCGCAGCUUGUUUUUGCUGGUGCAGCAUCGGGUGGUAUUGCAUCCUUCGUACUAACGCCAGUCGAAUUGAUCAAAUGUAAACUACAAGUACAACUUGUGAGUAUGGCAGCAACGCAGGCUAUAAAAUUCAGCGGACCAUUCCACGUUAUCCGUCAUGUAGCUCAAACACAUGGAGUCAGUGGGUUUUACCGGGGCUUUUUAGCUACACUACUUCGAGAAGCAGGUGGUGGUGCUUUCUGGUUUGGUGCUUAUGAGUAUACAUGCACACAAUUCAUUAAAUACCAUGAGCAGAAAUUGGGGCGUAAAGUAACCAAAGAUGAACUCUCAGCGCCUGAAUUGAUGCUAGGUGGUGCUCUCGGUGGUAUGGCGUACAAUGCAUCUUUAUUCCCUAUUGAUGUUAUCAAAUCUCAAAUGCAAACAGAUGAGCAAUUAUUGUCAUCCAAGGGUUCAUCACAACGCUCUUUUGUUCAGACUGCAAAAGAAAUAUAUCGCGGAGGAGGCAUCAAGGCUUUUUACAGAGGCUGUGGCAUUACUGUCGCUCGUAGUGCACCCACCUCUGCCAUUAUUUUCCUUACUUAUGAGCUUCUUUCUCGUCAUUUCGGAUAGUUAUUGUAAGAAAAUACCCAUUUAUUAACCUUUUGUAUGUAUAUAUAAUUUAAAAUUACCAACUAUUAGUUCGCAUUUGUUCACAUAAAUCUCGAUUAGACUUUUUGUAUUAUAUCGUUAUCCCUAUAACAUGCUAAG